AGCAAUAAUAAACAUUAGCAAAAUGGGAAGUCUACUGAAGUGCUAUAAACCACUAACCACCAUACGGUUAUCUCCGCCACCACCACUGCCAUUACGCUCGCUUCUCCGUCCAACUAAACUCACUUCUCGAACAUUCUCCUCCGCCACCAGAAAAAGAACAAUCAGCUGUCGCCUAUUCAGCUCUCUAAGCUCAUCUAAUCCCAUUAUUAACGGCGCUUCUCAUGACGGAACAGCAACUCCGUCAACGGAGCUGUGGCUGUUUAACACAAUGAGUAAAAAAAAGGAGCUGUUUAAACCUCAAAUUGAGGGUAAAAUUGGAAUGUACGUUUGCGGUGUAACCGCUUACGAUCUUAGCCAUAUUGGCCAUGCGCGCGUUUAUGUCACCUUCGAUGUUCUCUACAGAUAUUUAAAACAUUUGGGCUAUGAUGUUCGCUAUGUACGAAAUUUCACUGAUGUUGAUGAUAAGAUAAUUGCUCGAGCAAAAGAAUUGGGGGAAGAUCCAAUUAGUUUAAGCAGACGAUACUGUGAAGAAUUUCAUCGUGAUAUGGUGUAUCUUCAUUGCUUGCGCCCUUUUGUUGAACCACGUGUGUCUGAUCACAUACCUCAAAUUAUUGACAUGAUCAAGCAGAUUCUUGAUAAUGGAUGUGCAUACACGGUUGGCGGGGAUGUGUACUUCUCGGUAGAUAGAUUUCCCGAGUAUGGAAAAUUAUCUGGGAGGAGAUUAGAAGAUAAUCGGGCUGGUGAGCGGGUGGCUGUUGACUCAAGAAAGAAUAAUCCUGCAGAUUUUGCAUUGUGGAAGUCUACCAAAGAAGGUGAGCCCUAUUGGGAGAGUCCAUGGGGACGUGGAAGACCUGGAUGGCAUAUUGAGUGCAGUGCAAUGAGUGCUGCUUAUCUUGGUCACUCUUUUGACAUUCAUGGUGGUGGAAUGGACCUUGUGUUCCCCCACCAUGAAAAUGAGAUUGCUCAGAGUUGUGCUGCAUGCAGAGAUAGUAAUAUAGGCUACUGGAUACAUAAUGGCUUCGUCACUGUCGACUCGGAAAAAAUGUCCAAAUCACUUGGAAAUUUUUUUACAAUCAGGCAGGUCAUAGAUCUGUACCAUCCAUUGGCUUUGAGGCUUUUCUUGUUGGGGACUCAUUAUCGUUCUCCAAUCAACUACUCUGUUGUACAGCUUGAGAGUGCUUCUGAGCGUAUUUUUUACAUUUAUCAGACCUUAUAUGAUUGUGAAACUGUCAUUGGCCUGCACAAGGUAGCUUUUGAUACGGAUUCUGUCCCACCUGAAACUUUAGAUUGCAUAAAUACGUUCCACAAUGUGUCUGUCUCCUCAAUGUCAGAUGAUCUCCACACGCCUGUUUUGUUGGCUGCUUUGUCUGAUCCAUUAAAAAUCAUCAACGACAUGCUACAUACCCGAAAGGGAAAGAAACAGACUAAGCGAAUAGAAUCACUCGCUGUUCUUGAAAAAACUAUUGGGAAUGCAUUAUCUGUCUUGGGGUUGAUGCCGACAACUUACUGUGAGGUUCUGCAGCAACUGAAAGAAAUAGCACUGAGGCGUGCAAAGUUAACAGAAGAGCAUAUAUUGCAAAAAAUAGAAGAAAGGACGGAAGCUAGAAAGAACAAAGACUAUGAAAGAUCGGAUGAUAUUAGGAAGGAUUUAUCUAAUGUUGGAAUUGCUCUUAUGGACAGUCCGGACGGAACAAGUUGGAGACCAGCUAUUCCUCUUGCAAUGCAAGAGCUGCAAACUGCUUCAAAAUGAGUUGUUUUCUUUUAUUUCACACACAUGGCUUGAAUUUUUUAAUUUAUUCUCAAGAUUAGAGCAUAUAACUUCUUGAUGAAACACAAGAAAUUAGUUUCAGAAACCAGGAUGAUGCCUGUAGAAUAGGACUAUCUAUAUUGGAACAAGGAACUGUAUAUUUAUUGUAUUUCAUUUGCAAGAGCACAUUUUUUGGGUGAACAUGGGUGUAAGAAAUUUUUGUAACGUGUUAUAGAACAGUUUUGCGUCUGA